UGCUCGAUUGACGACACUUGGCACGUAACUGUCCGCCAGGGCAAAGGUGAUUCCGGGACUGAGUUCAACCUAUCUUUGGAUAGUUAUUUAUUGCUGCGCCCUAUUCUGACCGUUUGUUCCGUGAAGAAGGUAGUUAGAUUAUUGCUUCUUGCUGAACAAGCCGAGAACGAGCAUUCACCGAGUGGUUGACAUUUGGUCUAAACAGUUGCGUUAAAAUCAGUGCACGUACUCGGAACUCACUUUCAUCGUUACGGCUGUGACCGAGGUCUACCCGACCACACUGGACGGGGCGAGGACAAACACACCUUCGAAAUGGAAAUCUCUUGUAACGCUGGUCGUCGUUUCGUGAGCAGCACUUUGCUAAUUGUGCUACUCGUCGGCCAGCCGUGCAGUGGUACCUUCUUCUGGUUGCGUCCCGCACCCACCGACUCACCGAUAUCGGGCGAUCCACCGAACGGUUGGCGACCGCCAGCACUGGUACCGGGUGUCAUCCUGCCGCCCGGUGGUACCAUACCGCCCAGGAAACCGCAAGGGAACUCUCAGGACUUGCUCCGUCUACCGCAGAUACUAUGCAACUAUGCAGCGACCGGUCGUUGGCCGGCUUAUCCACCAUACCUGCAGGCGGCCAUCGUUGACCUUGGCCGGCACGUGUUUGCCCUGGACGACCAGGGAGUGCGCCAGUACUGUGCCAAUUACGUACGCCUCGUCUACGUCCGGCGGCCGUGCUGUGCCUACCCAGUUUAUCCAGUGUACAUUAUGCCUGGUGGAAGAACUACUACCGAAUCGUCGAUCGAUACGGAUGUCGUAACGGGUAUCACCAGUGUGCCGGAUCAGGGAGAUGAUAUGCCGGAACCAGGAAGCGAUGACGGAAAUGGCGGUGAAGGAGAGGAUGACGGUGAAAAGGGGGAUGAAGAUGACGAUGAAGUUAACGAUGAAGAAGAUGGAGAGGAAGGGGAAGAUGAUGAGGAGGAGGGAGAGGGAAAUGAUGGCGAUGGGGCAGGUGAAGGGGAGGAAGAGGGUGAUGAAGAGGGGGGUGAAGAGGACGGAGAAGAGGGUGGUGAUGAUGGAGGAGGUGGUGAAGAAGAAGGUGAAGGAGGAGACGAAGAGGAAGGUGAAGAAGAUGAUGCGGGAAGUGAAGACGGUGAGGAAGACGGCGAAGAAGGUGAUAGUGGCGAGGAAGGUGAAGAAGGGGGAGAUGAGGGAGAUGAUGAGGAAGGUGGUGAGGAGGGUAAUGAGGACGGUGGUGAAGAGGGUGAAGAAGAGGGUGGCGAGGAAGAUGAUGAGGGGGAUGGUGAAGAAGGUGGUGAGGGGGAUGGUGAAGAAGGUGGCGAGGAGGGCGGAGAAGAAGGUGGUGAGGAGGGUGGAGAUGAAGGAGGUGAGGAAGGCGGAGAAGGAGAUGGUGAGGAAGGCGGUGAAGGAGAUGGUGAGGAAGAAGGUGGUGAGGAGGAUGAUCAAGGAGAUGGUGAAGAGGGCGGUGAAGCAGGUGCUGAGGAAGAAGGUGGUGAGGAGGGUGAGAAAGGAGAAGGUGAAGAGGGCGGUGAAGAAGGUGGUGAGGAGGGUGGCGAGGGAGGUGAUGAGGAAGAAGGUGGUGAGCAGGGCGGUGAAGGAGACGGCGUAGAGGGUGGUGAAGAAGGUGGCGAGGAGGGUGAUGAGGGGGGUGGUGAAGGAGGCGGUGAAGAAGGUGGUGAAGAAGGAGGUGAAGAAGGCGGUGAGGAAGGUGGUGAAGCAGCAGGUGAAGAAGGUGGUGAGGAGCCUGGUGAGGAGGCUGGUGAGGAGGCUGGUGAGGAGCCUGGUGAGGAAGGUGGUGAGGAGGGUGGUGAGGAAGGUGGAGAAGAAGGUGGAGAAGAAGGAGGUGAAGCGGGAGAAGAAGCAGGAGCAGAAGAAGCGGCACCUGCAGAAAUAGUACAAUCUUCAAGACUUAUUUCGGACAAAACGGAGCGGUAUCGUCCAGCGAACGAGCUCACAACGCCGAAAUCAAUUCGCACUCGUACAGGCAAAAAACCAAAAAAGAGUCAGAAAAAGAAAUCGCAAACUAUCUCACCUACCAUACACUUUAUCCCGCUGCGUUCCACACCGUCAAUGGACAACAUUUCUAAUCGACUCAAUUUAGAGAUUAAAGCAAUAAAUUCUACACGCAAUAACUUUACUGCUUUACUGCACGGAUCCUCAGACUACCCCGAGGGAACUCCUCUUGCUGAGUGA